AUGUCAUCACAAAGCUUGGGAAGUUCUUUGAAAUUUUCGGAAUCUUUUGAAAAAAUAAUUCAAGAUUCCGAUGAAAAAUUAAUCAUGAAUAUUAAUUGGAUUCGUCUUCCAGUGUCGGUCGAUCCGUUGGGUGAAUCAUUCUUUGUAAAAUUUAAAACCAUCACGAAUGGAUUUGUACUUUAUAUUUCCAAUAUGAAAUGUGUUUGGAAGAAACGAUAUGAAAAGGAAGAAAUUGAAAGUGAUAGUAACAAGUAUUGUAAGGGGUUGAAUAUGUCUGCUGAAUCUUUGGUCCAACAAAUUGAACAGUUUUUAAUUCAUUAUGAUUUGGAUUCGAUACAGGAGAAGAAUCAACCAAAGAUUGAAGUGAGAGGUGAGAAAAAUUGUGAAGAGGAAACAGCGAUGGACAUGUUGAUGGAUUCUAUUCAGAGCGUUCAUGCAAGCACUCUGAAAAAGAAGAGAACCAAAUUGGUAGUUACUAUCAGAGCUCUUUUACCAACACAAGUACAAAUAAGUUUACCUUUCUAUUGGGAAAUUCAUUGUGAUAGUAUUGAUCCUAAUAUUUCUAAGGGAGGAGAGGAUCAGGAGGAAAUUGAUCAUUCCUAUAUUCUUAUUCAGGAUGAGGAAGAAAAUCCAAAAAAGAGAAAACAAGACCAAGAUGAAAAUAGUCAAAAGAGCGAAUUGAAUAAUAUUAGAUUUUACAAUAAGGAAAAUUUAUUUAUAUUGAAUCAUGUUAUUAGACCUCUACUUGGAAUUGUUCAAACUCAAAAUCAACAAAUUGAUCAAAUGAAAUCCCUUCUUUUGAAAAAGGAGCAAGAACUUAUUAAUUUCAGACAAAUGUAUAGUGGAGCUAAUAAUUCCACUCAAAAUUCUGACAUUUUGGAUCAAUUGGAUAAGAUCCUGCUCGUCAGUGAUUCUCUAGGCAUGUGUGAUAUUUCAUUCACAAAUUCUAAGACUGAUUCUACCGAAUCUAAUAAGAAUCCUCUCCUCCAACAAUUAUAUACCAAAUAUAUGAAUCAUCUCUUCUCACCACCAAAAACAAGUAAGAAACAAAAGAUUGCAGAUACACGAGAGCAAUCACAACAUUCCUUUGGAGGGGGUAUUAAUUCUCAAGGAAAUGAUUCACGUUUAGGUGGAGAUGAUGCUGGACUCAUUCCAGAAGAAGUUAAUGAGGAAAAUAAUUCAUCCCAAAUGCCUAAUGUGAGUGAUAAUCAACCAACUAAUGUAGUUGAACUAUCAAGUUCUAUUCCAACAACAAGUCAAAGAUCUGAAUAUGUUGAAACGGAAGAGGAAAAGCAAAGAAGAAUAGAAUUAGAGGAAAAACUCAAUGAGAAAAGGAAGAAAAAGAUGGCCAAUGAGCAGAAAAAGAAGAUCAAAAAUGCUUUUAUGUAA